AUGGAAGCUUUAGUGGAAUUACAUAACAACAUUAUGUUUUAUUUAGUUAUUAUAUUAUUUGGAUCACCUAUAAGUAAUAAAUAUUUAAACCACGCUUUGAUUUUAAUUUUAAUCGCUUUCCCUAGUUUUAAAUUACUAUACUUAAUGGAUGAAGUGACCGACCCUAAUAUAACCAUUUUAUUUAUAGAAUAUGAUUCCUAUUUAGUGCCAGAAACGGAUUUAGAAAAAGGUGGACAAAGAUUGUUAGAAGUAGAUAACAGAUUAACGUUACCAGAAGAAACUCAUAUUCGCUUUAUUGUAACAGCUGGCGAUGUAAUACAUGGUAUAAAAUGCGAUGCGUAUCCAGGUAGAUUAAAUCAAAUAUCUGUAUUAAUGAAUAGAGAAUGUACUAUGUACGGGCAAUGUUCUGAAAUAUGUGGAAUUUUACAUAGCUCUAUGCCAAUUGUAAUAGAAUCACUAAAGUUAGAGAAAUUUUUACAUUGA